AUGUCAGGCUCAGAACUGAUACAGAAGAUUGAAGAUUUAACCAUGAAUGCCAAACAUCACCAGUUAGAGACUCUUAGCUCAAUUCUUCAUCACAAUUCCUCUUCACACUAUCUUCAAUCUUUCUCCAAUAAUACUCUUGACCCUUCCACUUUCUCACAUCUUGUUCCAUUGUCCUCCUAUGAAGAUUAUGUUGACUUUAUUCAACAAAUGGCUGAUCAUCAUCCUAAUCAUCACCCUCUUCUCUCUGUUGAUCCUCUUUUAUGUUUUUUCUACAGCUCAGGAACCACGUCGAUGAAACCAAAACUCAUACCUUACUUUGAUUCAACACUUUCAAAAGCAGCAUCCUUUAUUGCUCACACAGGGAGUAUUGCUGUUCUUCAUAGCCAGUUUCCUCCAAGGCCAAAUAUCAACAAGAUCCUGUUGUUUCUCUAUGCUGACAAAAUUACUAUUACAACCAAAAGUGGCCUAAAGGUUAUGGCAGCUUCUUCAUACCCUUUGCAAAGUGGUAAAGUAUCUUCUACACAACUUUCUAGGUUCUCUAGUCCUUUACAAGUUAUGCUAGGAUCUAAUGUUGAUCAUCAAAUGUAUUGCCAUCUUUUAUGUGGCCUUAGGAAUAUUGAUGUUAUAGAUGGGAUUAGUACUCCUUAUGCUAUAGGUUUGAUUAAAGCAUUUGGUUUUCUGGAGUCCAAGUGGGAGCAGCUAUGUCAUGAUCUUGAUUGCGGUUAUCCGAGUCAUGAAAUUUCUGAUUUGGAAAUGAGAGAAGGUGUAAUCAACACACUUGGUGGUCCUCAACAUGAAUUGUCAACUAGAAUAAGAUUAGUUUGUGCAGAGAAGAAUUGGGGUGGGAUUGUAAGUAGAUUGUUUCCGAAUGUUCGGUUUAUCAGGUGCGUUACGACAGGAAGCAUGAUGCAGUACUACCAAAAACUUAAGUUUUAUGCAGGUAAUGUACCGAUUCUAGGAGGAGACUACUUUGCUUCUGAGUGUUGCGUAGGUUUAAAUUUAGACUUAACCCAACCACCCGAGACAACGUGUUUCGUUAUACUUCCUACUUUUGCAUACUUUGAGUUUCUUCCAUUUGAGAUGAAUGAUAAUGAUGAAGAUGUUGUCGACGAACAAACAGUAGACCUAUGCAGCGUUGAGGUUGGGAAGAUGUAUGAAGUGGUUGUUACUACUUACCGAGGAUUUUAUCGAUACAAAUUAGGCGAUAUAGUUAGAGUCGUUGGUUUCUAUAACUCAUCACCUCAAGUGGAAUUUGUGAUGAGAGCACCCAAGUCUUCAAGUGAGAUUAUAACAGAGAAAGACUUGAUUUCAGCUGUUAAAAAUUUUCAACUUGCACUUAGAGUUGCUAUGGGAAUUGACUCAAUUGAAAUUGUUGAGUUUGCAAGUUUCUUAGAUCAGGAACCAACGUCGAAGCAGUUGAAGAUAUUUGUAGAAGUUGAAGAGGAAUCUAAAUGUUGGGAGGAAUGGGAUAAAGUGUUUAAAAGAUGUAUUUCAUCUCUUGAGAAUGGCUUGGGAGCAUUGUACAAGGUGCAGAAGGAUAAAGGUCAUUUAAGGAAGUUAAUGAUAAUGAUCCUAAGGCAUGGAGGUUUUGAUCAGUUAUCAGAUUUGGCCAUUAAGAAUGGAACAUCAGCUAGUCAGUAUAAGCCACCAAAGAUUAUAAGGAAUAUUGAAGUUGUCAAACUCUUGGAAAAAUUAGCUUUUGUUACAGUAUCAAUGGAUGACUAA